AUGGCAGCUUCGAUUGCUUUGAAUGUCUUAGAUAGCCUGUGCCAAGUGAUUGUGAAAGAAGCAGAUUUGUUUCUUGUAGUGGAAGAUCAGGUCAAGACCCUUGGAGACCAGCUCAAACUUAUGGGUUCUUUCCUAAGAGAUGCAGAGAGAGCAGAGGGUCAAGAACAUGUUGCAAUGGAGGAAUUGGUUAUCCAAAUUAGGGAUUUAACCUAUAAAGCUGAGGACAUCAUUGAGAAAUACUUGGUGGUUGCAAGGCAAAGUGCAUUUGGCUUUGAUCGUUUGAAUUCCAAAUUCCAUAGAUUAUUCACUAAGAAUGAUUUUGGAAGAAUGUUUGAACCCAUCAGAAAACAAAUUGAGGAAAUUUAUGCAAACAAGUCUGGUGGAACUGAAGAAACAACAGAAGUUGCUUUCCAUGAAUCUUAUCUUGAUGGGUCACCAUUGCCCAAGUACAGGAAAGGUUCCUAUGUUGCAGACAAUGCUGAUGUGGUAGGAUUCCACAGUGACAUUGAAAUGCUGGUUCCACGAUUGAUUGAAGGAGGAACACGGCGUGCUGUCGUACCAAUUGUCGGAGUUGGUGGCUUAGGUAAGACUACUUUGUCCAAGAAAGUCUUUAACCUUGUAAAGAGUAAGUUCAGAUGCCAUGCUUGGGUUUCUAUAUCUCAAGAUUGCACAUCCAUGAAUGUUUUGCAGAAGAUUGUAAAAUCUUUUACAGGGAUCAUAGAAGUGAAGGAAAUAGAAAAGAAGCUUUCAGACUUCCUCAAGUACAAGAAGUACUUAAUAGUCUUGGAUGAUAUAUGGAGAACUGAUGUCUUGGAGGAUUUGGCUCCACACUUUCCUGAUGAUAACAAUGGAAGUAGAAUAAUGUUCAGCCAAAAGAGAAACUGGAGUUGA